UUAAGCCCAGCAUCAGCAUCAGCAAUCAGGAUUUGCCAUAACACGCGAGCAGCGCUGAUUGUUACUCACCGCUCAUUGCGAAGGCCGCAAUCAUGGCUGUCCAGAUGAACGGCCGGGCGAAGAAGUCCAAGCCGUCUGCCACCAAUGGCAACUCAGCUGGCAAUGUCAAUGGCAGUGCAAGCAGCCACGUUGAGAAAUCACAACUCUCCAGCCCUGCGGUACGACCAAAGGGCUCGAAGAAGGCUAAAAAAGCGAAGAAGGGGGGGUUGACAAGCAUGGUUGCAAGGCUGAUAACGUGGUACAUGAUCAUCACAACGGCUUUCCGGUGUCCGCCAUCCCUCACUCAAAUUUCCGAGUCUUCCCCACGCAUAUGCACACCUUAUCUCCAAGUCAGGUCGUAUGCAGCUCCCUACUUAGAUCCGUACUAUCAGACAUACGUGGCUCCGCAAGUCGAGAAAGUCAAGCCCUACGCCGAUCGCUAUUAUACUCCUGCCGCAGCCUUUGCUCAAGAAAAGUAUGCUACGUACGGCGCGCACAGGGUAGAGCACGCAAAGCAGUUUGCUGAGACCAACUGGGAAAAGAGCGCCCGCCCCCAGCUGCAGAAUGCUCAGAAACAAGCCAAGGAACAGUACGACCUGUAUCUCAGCUCCCAUGUCCAGACGGCCUCCAAAGCUGCUGCUCCCUACUAUGAUCAGACCAAGGCGAGUAUGGAAGACAUCUACCAUCGCUCUGUCCUACCGGCUUACCAUACUUCCUUGCCCUACCUACGCCAAGCCCAGGUCCACGGCAACCACGCACUAGUGAACGUCGUCUUCCCGUACGUUCAUUCUGCCAAGGACACUACUUGGGCUUUCGUCCUCAGGACCGUGUGGCCUCAGCUCCGCGUUUUCUAUGGAGACAACGUCGAGCCCCAAUUCGUCCGCAUUUCGGAACGCCUUGGACGAUACCGGGAUCAGCAGAAGAUUGAGUCCGUCGUUGAUGCUAUUGACUCUCAAACCUCCAGCGUGCUGAAGUCUACCGAGACUGUUUCAAAUGCCGUCAGCUCAUCGGUUGCAUCUGUGUCUCCGAGUUCGGCUUCAAACGCUGCCUGGAGUGUGUUGGAUGAUUAUAUCGGCAGCAACUCUGCAAGCACGGCAUCUGGCAACGGCCAAUCCGAAACCGCAACUCAGCCUGCUGAACCCAAGCUUACUGGCGCUGAGCUGAAGGCGAAGCUCAAUGAUGACCUCGAGAAGUGGCAGACCAAGUUCGCUACGGCCGCUGAUAAGGGUUCUGAAGAUUUGGAGCACCGAGUCACUGAGAUCACGAAGCGUCAAGUAGAGAAUGGUGUCAAAGGACAUGGUCGAGCUUUGGUCAUCAAGCUGGAAGAGACUGCAGACGCGACAGUCGCGAAACUCAAGAGGUACAUCAAGCAGACUGUCAAGUCACUCCCAGAAGACGCUACAGAACAGGACCGGGAGGAAGCCUACGAGCACUGCGACUCCAAGACACGUGAUCUCGGACUCGCGGUCAAAGAGAAGGCCCAAGACGUUCGCAUCUGGAAAACGUCGUACGACCAGGAAACAGAUGCUUUGGUUCAGGCAGCAGUCAAGAGUACCGUUGAAGUGCUUGACAAGAUUCACGGCCUUGGUCUCCAAGAAGUUGGAAUGCGUUGGGCCUGGACUGACGGUGUGACUUACAAAGACUGGCAAAAGUACCACAAGCUAAGAGAAACGCUGACAGAGUGGCAAACCGAGGUCGAAUCUGUUGGAUCCAAACACGAGGGUCUCCGCGUCGCGCAUGCAGAAGCCAAGAACCUCGAGGACGAGGCCAUGUCCAUCGCUUCGAAAAUGGUCAAUGAGUUGAUUCGCCUCAAAGACGUGUCCAAGUGGAAGAUCUGGGCCGGUGAUACUACUGACGACUUCUCGAACCAAAAGGUUCCUGUCGGCAUACACAACGCUGCUCAACAGGUUGUCGAGAACGUUGAAAAAGCCUCGUCUCAAGCCUCGGAGGCAAUUCUAGGGAGCGAGACACCGGUUUCUGAGAGCGCCGCUUCCUCCGUGAAGAGUGUGUUUUCUGAUGCAUCUGCCAAGGUCUCAUCUCAGGCUUCUGCAGCCUCCGAAGCUGUUUUGGGAAGCGAGACCCCAGCUACGGAAAGCGUUGCAUCCUCAGUCCAGAGUGCGUUCUCCGACGCUUCUUCCGCGAUCUCCGUAGCUGUUGUUGGCUCAGAAACUCCACUUGCGGAGAGCGUGCUCUCCCAAGCGUCAUCAUCGGCUUCAGCAGUCGCUGAGAAAGUGGAAAGCGUAGCUCAACAGGCAAAGGAAGUUGUUGACGAGAAAGUUCACGCCGCAACUGCAUCGCCCAAGAAAGUCUGGGGCGGAGUAAACGCACAAGUGAUGGUUCAAGCCAGAGAAAUUAUCUUCGACCAAGUUCUCGACGAUGGUGACGAUGAGACCUACUCAGCAAAGCUCCAGGGCAUGGUCGCAGACGCUGGAGAUCGUGCGGCUGAGCUGAGCCGAGCUGUCAGUGAAGCAUUGCUGGGCCCAUCCAUCACGCAGGGAACCGUCGAAUCUGCCACUUCCCUCGCUAACGAGCAAUACGUCAAGGCCAUGGCCGCAGCUUCAAGCAUCUUGUACGGUACCGAGCAACAGCCUAUCGAGAGCGCGACCAGUGUCGCAUCUGAGAAAUUUGCUCAGGCAGUUACCGCUGCGUCGUACGCUAUCUACGGCACUCCUACACCCACCGCGAUCUUCCAGACCGUGCAGAUUGGAGCGAGCUCCCGUUAUAAUGAGGCCGUGCGUCUCGCAAGUGAGCAACUUGAGAACGCGAAGUCCCAAAUGUCGCAGAUUGUCUCAGGAACACCAAAACCCGCUCAUGAGACGAUGUUGUCGAUGUUCGAGAAAGCCUACUCUGAUUCUGUCGCCGCUGCCAGCGACCGGUUGCAAGCCGCGCUCCAGUACACCAACUCAGUCAAGAGCUACGCAGCUGGUCCUACUCAAGGCUAUUUUGAGUCGGUAUCUUCCAUCGCGUCAUCCAGACUGUCAGAGGGUAUCAGUCAGGCUUCCGCCCAGUUCUCGUCCAAGCCUACACCUGCCCUUGAUGGUGCCCGCCGACAAUAUUACGAGGCUAUCGGACUUGCUCAUGCCCGCUACUCCGAAUUUGUGGACGCCGCAUCAACCGGUGUCUAUGGUCCUAAGCAGGGUACAGUAGAAUCUCUGGCCUCCGUGGCGUCUGCAUCUGCCGCGUCUGUUGCGUCUGCAGCGUCCGCAAACGCCGCCGGCGCCGCGUCUGGUGCUUCUAUGUCUGCGCAAGCUGUGGCCUCGAACGUCCAGGCUGGCGCUGAGUCUUUAGCUUCCCAAGUCAGCUCUGGUGUUAUUGGCUCUGAGACUCCAUGGACUGAGUCGGUCGCAUCUCAGGCUAGUGUGAACUGGGAAGCACUGAUUGCCAAAGCUAGCACUCAAGUUUACGGACAGCCUACACCUUGGACAGAGUCGAUCUAUUCACAAGCCGGCGAAUACGGUGCUCAAGCCACUGCGAAGGCUGCUCAGCAAUACGCUGAUGUUCAAGCUCUGAUCUCUGAGCUGGUCAUCGGAAAAGAGCCGGACUUUACGGACAGUGUCAUGAACCGUUUUGCUUCUGCCUACUACACGGGCGUUCCGGCAGCUGUGUCAUCGGUUCAAUCCUACGCCAGUGAGAACUUCGAAGCUGCUAGUUCAUACGCUGGCGAGAGCAUUGAGUCUGUUACUUCAUACGCUGGCGAGAGCUUCGAGUCCGCGACUGAGGCUGCUGCAGACGUCUACGCUUCCGCUUCAUCGGUUGUCAGCUCCAUCUUCACGCCUCCCGCAGCCAUUGAGACUAUUCUCAGCCAAGCUAGCGCAUCGAUUGAUUUGGCUCUCGAGAGUGCUUCCAUCGCCGUAUACGGUACUCCCAAGGGUGCAGCCGAGCAAGCCAGCGAGUCUGUAUCCAGCGCAUAUGCAUCCAUUCAGGCUCAGGUUAGUGAGUAUGUCUACGGCACUCAACAGGCCCAGGACAGCUUUACUGCUGCUGCUGCCAAUGCCCAGGCUGCCAUCAGUCAAGCUAUCUUCGGAACACCCACUCCCACUGCGUAUGCUGCUUCGGUCACCAGCGGCGCCGGAAGUGUCUACAGCUCGGUGGCUUCUGUGGCUGGCGAGAACGCAGACAACGCCUAUUCGGCCAUCAGCUCUGCUGUCUACGGCCCCGAGCAGGGUGCUAUGGAGAGUGCGAGCAACAGGAUCGCUGCUGCUGUCGAAGCUGCGAACUCUAGGAUCAGCGAGAUGUACGCGAGCGGAAGUAAGAGCAUCGAGGAAGCUGCUAGCAGCGUUGCAAGUGUCGCUACAGAGGCUACACAGCGCGUUAGGGAUGAGUUGUAGAAUCCUCAUACACCGCAUCCUUGGAUGGGUUUAGCGGAGAAUGCUCCGCAUUCUUUCAAUCAUUCCUAUGAUUCGGACGAUCCAUAUCACUUGGACCCUUUCGAUUUUAUGGACUG